UCUCUGUUCUUCCCUCUCGCUGACUGACCAACGUGCACCCGGACCCGGCGGCACGCCCAGCGCCAGUCACCAACCAGCCCACCUUCCAGUCCAACGCCACCUUCUCCCUCCGUCGCUCGCCAUGGCGCGCAAGAAGAUCCGGGAGUACGACUCCAAGCGCCUCCUCAGGGAGCACCUCAAGCGCCUCGCCGGCAUCGACCUCACCAUCCUCUCCGCCCAGAUCACACAGUCAACGGACUUUGCAGAGCUUGUGAGCCAGCAGCCAUGGCUGUCAACCAUGAAGCUAGUGGUGAAGCCUGAUAUGCUGUUCGGGAAGCGUGGGAAGAGCGGCCUCGUCGCUCUCAACUUGGACUUCGAUCAAGUCAAGGAGUUUGUCAAGGAGCGGCUUGGAGUUGAGAUUGAGAUGGGCGGUUGCAAGGCUCCAAUCACGACCUUCAUCGUCGAGCCGUUUGUGCCCCAUGAUCAAGAGUACUACCUUUCAAUUGUUUCAGAGAGGCUGGGCAGCACCAUCAGCUUCUCAGAGUGUGGUGGGAUUGAGAUCGAGGAGAACUGGGACAAGGUUAAGACGAUUUUUCUGCCUACUGAGAAGCCAAUGACACCUGAUUCAUGUGCUCCGUUGAUUGCAACGCUUCCAUUGGAGGCACGUGGGAAAAUUGGUGACUUCAUUAAAGGAGUGUUUGCUGUCUUCCAAGACUUGGAUUUCUCAUUUCUUGAGAUGAAUCCAUUCACCAUGGUCAACGGGGAGCCAUAUCCUCUGGACAUGAGGGGAGAACUAGAUGACACAGCAGCUUUCAAGAACUUCAAGAAGUGGGGAGAUAUAGAGUUCCCUCUACCUUUUGGAAGAGUACUCAGCUCUACAGAAAGUUUCAUCCAUGAACUUGAUGAGAAGACAAGUGCCUCUCUGAAGUUCACAGUUUUGAACCCAAAAGGUCGUAUCUGGACAAUGGUUGCGGGUGGUGGUGCUAGUGUCAUAUAUGCUGAUACAGUUGGAGACUUGGGAUACGCGUCAGAGCUUGGAAACUAUGCAGAGUAUAGUGGUGCUCCUAAUGAGGAGGAGGUUCUGAAUUAUGCCAGAGUUGUACUUGAUUGUGCAACUGCUGAUCCUGAUGGCCGCAAGAGAGCCCUUCUCAUUGGAGGUGGCAUAGCUAACUUCACUGAUGUUGCUGCCACAUUCAAUGGCAUCAUCCGGGCCUUAAGAGAGAAGGAAUCCAAGUUGAAGGCAUCAAGGAUGCACAUUUAUGUUCGCCGAGGUGGUCCAAAUUACCAAUCUGGACUGGCCAAAAUGCGCAAGCUUGGUGCGGAACUCGGUGUUCCAAUCGAGGUGUAUGGACCAGAAGAGACUAUGACUGGAAUCUGCAAACAAGCAAUUGAAUGCAUCAUGGCUGCAGCGUAAGCGGAGUGUAGUUCUGGGUAGUUUGGCAUCUGCAAACACGCAAUUGAAUGUGUCAUGGACUCGGCAUAAAUGAGAGACGGACAGUAGUUGCAGUAGUGUACCACACAUGGUUCUCUUUUUUUGUUUCAGAUAUGUUGUAGCGUGUUGUUUGAACGAAAACUUUAUACAUCAUUACUGCAAAGAAAUUAUUGUUGUGCUAAAAUAAAUUCAAAAUCUAGUUUCAUGCGUUUUGGAA